AUGGUAGGGUGUGAGGCAUCCGUACGCUGUGACCAGUGUUUGGCGGGGCGAGGGACCUUUGCUUUGUGUGUGGUGGUUGAUGAGCCAGGACUCCCCAAAUGCUGUGGCAACUGUAUGUACGGUGGAAAGGGCGCCAAGUGUACGAUCCUCCGCGGCCAGACUCAGCCAGUCAGUGUGCCCAACGCUGGAGUCUAUGGUAGUGUUUCCACCGCUGGGAUGCAAACUUCCGCUGGGAUGCAAACUUCCGCUGGGAUGCGAACUUCAGCCGCGUCCGCUGCGUGCCUUCGAGCUGAAAUGACGGCAAGUCUGGAUAGCGUAAUAAUCCAGCUGCAGCAGCUAUCCACCCUCCAAGAACACCAGACCACCGCCGUUGCGGACCACCAGUGCGCCGCCGAAAGCGCCUCGUCCGCCUUCCAAGCUGUCCAGUCCCGCGUCGACCAAAGCUUGCCUGUUCGCUACAAUGACGUGGUCCGCGUCCGAAACUCCAUCCAGGCGACGACCCGUACCGCAUCGCGCGUCAAGUCCACAAGCGAAGCGGUCGCGUUCCAACAAGUCGAUAUUAAGGAAGAUGUGGAGGACCCCCAUGUCCGUUUCGCUUAA